GCCUCUAUCCUGCAGCAUCGACUCUCACACACUCACAUCCACUCCCCCCUCUCUCUCUCUCUCCCUCACACACACUCAUCCACACACACCCUUCACUCCGCAAGCUGCGACGCAGAGUCUCAGGAGGUGACUCACCACUGCACAUCCGCCAGAACCGCCAUAACCCAUUCAUCAUGGAGCUAGACUUUGGACAUUUUGACGAGAGGGACAAGUCCUCCCGGACCCCGCGGGGCGGGCGCAUGAACGGCCUCCCCAGCCCGACCCACAGCGCCCACUGCAGCUUCUACCGCACGCGCACCCUGCAGGCCCUCACCAACGAGAAGAAGGCCAAGAAGGUGCGCUUCUACCGCAACGGAGACCGCUACUUCAAGGGCAUCGUGUACGCCGUGGCCAACGACCGGUUUCGCACCUUUGACUCCCUGCUGGCCGACCUCACGCGCUCGCUGUCCGACCACAUCAACCUGCCGCAGGGGGUCCGCUUCAUCUUCACCAUUGACGGCAUGCGCAAAAUCUCCACUCUGGAUGAGCUGGAGGAAGGGGAGAGCUAUGUUUGCGCAUCGGAGAACUUCUACAAGAAAGUCGACUACACAAAGAACGUCAACCCCAACUGGUCGGUGAACGUCAAGGCCUCGGCCAGCCAGAAGAACAUGCAGUCCCUGGCCGCCAAGGCCGCCAGCGAGCCCCGGGAGAGCAAGGACUUUGUUCGGCCCAAGCUGGUCACGGUGAUGCGCAGCGGGGUGAAGCCGCGCAAGGCCGUCCGCGUCCUGCUCAACAAGAAGACGGCGCACUCCUUCGAGCAGGUGCUGACCGACAUCACGGAGGCCAUCAAACUGGAGAGCGGCGUGGUCAAGAGGAUCUACACGCUCGACGGCAAGCAGGUUACUUGCCUCCAAGAUUUCUUCGGUGAUGAUGACGUCUUCAUCGCAUGUGGCCCAGAGAAAUUCCGCUACGCACAGGACGACUUCUCUCUCGAUGAGAAUGAGUGCAGAGUGAUGAAGGCCAAAGCUCAGCGUGGCUCCAAGAGUCCCGCUCAGAUCAUCCGCAGCAAGUCUCCUGCCGAAUCAACCAACGGGACCGGCUCCAGCAGCCAGCUCUCCACCCCGAUCUCCAAGCAUUCCCCCACCUCCACCCCCAACAGCCCCGGCCUCAACAACAAGCAGAAGGAUCUCUACCUGCCCUUAUCCCUGGACGACGACGAUUCCCUGGGCGAAUCCAUGUAGACUCUCCUCCCUCGCUGCAGCCAAGCCUCCCUUUGGGCCCGAAACACAGAAGUUUGAUACCUCUGCUGCUUUCCACCUUCACUCACAGUGCCACAUGCUUUUUGAGAAACCGCUCUUUCGUCUCUUUUUUAAGGCCUUUAGCCGCCAGGGCUCGAUGACACCAUUUGCUGCCUGAGAAUAACACAUUUUUUUAAUCCGUCUCUCUCUCACUUUGUAACACUCCUCAAACAUGGAAGAAAGCCACAAAUCUUCAAGAGGGCACACGGCUCACCAACUCCGAGUUUCCACCGUUUCAAAAACAAUAACUCCACUUUGGUCCCAGACCUUUAAAUACCGGAUGCACUCAGACUCUUGGUAUUUCAGCGACUCAAUUCCAAGCAGCAAAUGUGUGUUUUUUUAGGGGUGUUAGUCAGAACUGACUCAACUUUUGUAUCACUUAUCGUACUUUUGGUGUUCCUCAUGUUCCUGCCGUCCUGCUGCCUGAUCCGAUGGCCAAAGGUGUGAAAGGUAAUUGUUUCCUGUCGGAAGGAAGUCUGUUCUAACCUGCUGUAAAUACUGUGUAUACCCGCCAUAACAUCUCUGCCCCGAUGUCCAUUGCCGUGCUUCCAUAAUAUCACAGCCACGUUAACGUCCCGUCAUUCGCUCGAUUUCAGGGUAUGGUCAAAGUAGAAGAAGCCAAAAUAAACGCGGGGAUGUGUGGGAUGCUGCUCCUGACUGGUGAUUAUGGAUCGCAGGCAAAACGCCUCCUCAAUGAGAAUCCAUGCUCACACGCUAUUAUAUAUUAAUGAGAUUAUAAAAACACCGUCCUUUCAGAACCGGCACGUCCGAGGCGUCUUAAGUUGUAAAUAAUUGGGAGUUCCUCUUGUCCAGUCAGAGAUGAGGCAUAAAGGGAAAAAAAGCAUCCCACUGCUCUUUAUGUUGGCGUUUCCUCUAAUUUGACCCUCUGCGUAAGACAGUAGGCAAUACAUGGUAUCCUGAAUACCCUCUGUGUAGUAGUGUCACAAACUGCAGUGCAUGAUGUUGAUAAAACUUUGACC